AGAGAACAGAGAAUGCAGCAUACACAAAUGGCAUAUCUUUUUCGGCAAACGUGGCAUACUAAAAGACAGCAUUUCUUUGAUUGAUUCUACUACAAAAUUCCAAGUGAAAAGAGAUAGCACAUCCUGCACAACAAGAAUCUAGUUCCCGUCUUUCACGAAGUAAGUACAUAGAUGAGUGAGAGCUACUCAAACUCAAGGUUUUUACCAGACUUAAAUCGAUAAGAACAAAGGACACAAGUAAAACAGCAUACCAAGAAAUAUAGUGCACAUCUACGCCUACUACGUAAUUCCCGCAUCAAGAUCACACUGAGAGAUAACAUCGUCAUAGAUCACGACACUGGAAGAUAACAUCCUCGUCAUUGAUGCAACUGAAGCAGGGCGGCCGGAUGGGUUUGUGCUGCGGCGUUCCCGCCGCGGAAAUACAGGAUGCGGCAAAAGCGCCAGAGAAGAAGCCGAUAGCAGAAGCUGAGGGAAGGGAAAACGAGCCAGCUAGAUCCUCGCGAGGUUCGUCAAAUAGCAAGUCCAAAUCGUGUGGUAAUAUCGAAGACCUAUAGGCAGAAAGUAGUAGAGAAACUUGAUGAAGAAUGAAUGUUGAUCUCAUGAUCAUCCUGGGCCACCUGUGAUCCUUGGCCACCUUGUUGAUGCUUGACAUGCUCAUCAGUAGGCAUUGUUCUUAGCAUAAUUGUGACUAAAAGUGCUGGUCGUGGCACGAAAAAUGUUCUACAAGCUACAACUUCUAUCGAAUAUCUACAAAAUGAUGUUCUGCAGAGGAACCAACUACUUACAACUUGUAUCGAAUAUCUACAGGCGAAGGAACGACAGCAAAUGAAACGGCGCCAGACAAGGUGUUAUUAACGGUGCAGUCUGGAGAGUCACUCGACGAGGACAUGGUCACGGUCAUUUCAUUAAGGCUCAACUUUCAAUGGUCAUCAUUUAGAUUGGAGUCACCAUUUAGAUUGGAAGAGGCGACCCUCCCUUGAGAGUAGAACAGGGGAGAAGGGAAAAGGGAAAGGGGAGAGCUUUGAAGGGGGUUUCUUCCGUUCAGAGUCAGUGACCACUGAAUGCUGAGCUUUAAUUUCAGGCACGGAGGCUCCUGGGGCAUCUACAUCACUGCCCAGUGUCACAGCCUUACGAAGACUAUCCUCCGGCUCGCAAUCACCGGGAAAGGCGUUCGCAACAUCAGGUAGAAUUUCUUUUUUGAGGAAAAAAAAACACCUGUUCCAUCUAAUAAUAAUUACUGUGGUUUUUUUGAGGAGCUUCUCCUGCUGAGAGCACUACUACUCUACGCUAGCAAGCACGACCACUCGCAUUCCAUCAUACCUAGAGAAGAUUUUUUCGCCGACAAACAAAACACUCAGCCGAAAUCCCAUGGUUUUCGGUAUUCCAGUCGAUUAGCGAAGAACAGUUCCUGCGGUCAAAAGGCGAGAUGUUCAAGGUGAGGAAUUCAGGGUAUGCGAAGAGUGGCGAAAAAAUAAACUCAAAUUAAGGGUCGUUGGAAAUUGACCUAUCAUCUAAGAGCAUCUCUAUGGCUUCUUCAAGUAGGAAAGUCAUAGAUACGCGAGAUAGCUAGGCCAACUUACAGUCUCUAAGGGAAGGGAGCCCUUUACGACUGUAUUGGAGCCGAUGCGGUUGCCGCAAAAGGAGGAAAGAUAGCUGAAGUGAUAAGCAAUUGGGAUUGCCAAUUUCCGAGGAAAACGGGAUAUCGUUAUGGACAACCUACCCUCACCACUGGAUCUCAUUCCUUUGUCGGCAGCAUGUUGUAUCUUCACAGACUUACCAAGCACCACUCUAACCCAAAGAAGCUUGGGGCAUUCCGGAAAUAUUAGUUGUAAAUCAGCAGAUACCGUUUACUAGCGGAGGCAUGUUCAGCAAGCAUCCGGAAGAUGACCAUGGCUUCAACGUUAUCAAGUACGUCAAUGCUUUCCCUAUGUGUGAUUGUUCAUGACGCUCGUUUGUAACUAGUACUUUGCACUGACCGAGUUGGACGCUUGAGCUUUCAGCUACGUAGCUGCUUAACUCUUUGCAUACUUUUUGGAAGAAUCAGUUGCUGAUCAUUUUUAUUUUAUUCCCCUCUUUACGCCCCUCGGGGUGCACUUGUGGAAUUGCAUCGUCCCGCUGGUAGUCGAGGAGUACUCCUAGGGAUGCCAAUUAUCAAUCCAUUGCAUUCAGACUUAAUACACACCGUACCAUCCACGCAUUACCACCUACCCUCAACCUGCCAGUUAUUACGCCCUCUCCGAUGACUCUAUGAAGAGUCUGCAAGGAGGUGAGUGGACAGUAGCACUGCGACACUGGAAGAAACUUUUAGAUCUCGGCAAAAGUGAUAAGAAGGGCGUCUCUCUGAAGGAGAUUUGCCAAGUGCGGAAUGUAGACGAUAUCAAGGGAGUGCCCAAGUUUUUUCUCGGUUACAACGGCAAGCCGGUUCUGGUGACCUAUUCAGCGAAAUUUAUACGGACGCAUGCACCUAGGAUACUGGAGAUCGGCUACGACGUGCGCUCAUGGGGCUAUGGUUUGCGAUCGGCAUUACCAACAGUCUUUGAGAAGUACUCUAGAUUUGAUACUGUUUUGUCUAGACAUUCUUUUUUGCUUGGUGACAGGAAGUUAUUUUCAAGAACAGAACGACUUUUAUGAUCUACGCAUCCCUUCAUGCAAAUUAUCUACGUAAAUGAUUGUGAUCGAUGAUUACAACAACAAACGACAAAAGAACUCUAUAUCCAAACAAAACACCAUCUUCCCUAGGAGCACAACAAGAACAACCCGCAGCGAAUCUCUAUCCCAAUCAAAAACCAAAAACCAUCACAUCAAGGAGCAAAUCCGCCCAGACGGAUCACGCAUUGUUAGUGGAAGGUAAGGCAGAGGAGGAAUUACCAGAACAGAUUCUGUGUUGUGGAGGUUUUAACGGCUUUGAUGCCCUCAACCUACCUCCUGUGGAUGCACCUGCUGCGUCGCCCUGAAAAUGUUUUGGUUGACUCGUCGUGGUGCAGUCAGUCUUAAUAGUGGUCGGCAUGUAAAUUAUGUCGAUAUCUUCCGUCGAGUUUGGUUUGCUGCAGCUUCAGGGACAAAGCUUGUUGGGAUUUUUUGUUUUAAUGAACUUCAAUGAAAUGAUGCGCAUGAGAUGUUGUCAUGCUCGGAGCAUCAAUGGUUUUUCCAAAGAUGAAGUAAAUGUUUUUUAUAAUGCUGUUAAGUUCGUAUAUCACGCUCUGAUUUCAGAAGGAGGUUGAUUCACGCUUAUUUUUGAGACUAUCAGUUGUAUCUGAUUCACGGUAAUAGAUGAGAGUGCACGCUUAUUUUUCAGAUGAUUCACGCUUACUUGUUCACACGCUUAUUCAGUUGUCACACGCUUAUUUUUCAGACGGGAGGUCUUCUAGGUCGUAUCAAUCAAUGCUCAAGAUAGAAGAUAAGGUUCUACACGUUGCUGGAUGGAGGUGCACGUUUUUUCCAUGUUUUUAGUUCUGUGAAGCGACAGACGCAGGAAAGAAAUGUUGAUGUCAUAUCAGAGGUAAUCGCUGACGUUAGAAACUGAACGAGAUGUUGGGAGUCCGAUGCAGUACGGGUAAACUGCAUUUCAGGGCUCCGAAACGCACGGUAACCCAUAGAGCAGUUUUUGACUAGAAAUGUAACCCAAUAAUGACGGUCACAUGCUAUUGUAUUUUCCGCUUUGAUAAUGUCAUCUUGCGAUACUGAUCUUCCAUCAAGUUGAGUAAGUAAUACAUCGGGGUGUACAUCAACUAAUAUAGUAGGGAAAAAACUUUCCUCUCAUAGACUAAAAACUAUCAGACGCAUGAGUAAACGAGCAUACUGGGGAAAACGAAUACGAUAGACUUGGCAAACUUACGAUACAACGCAUAUUUUUUUUCUACGACUCUCUCCAUCGAGAACAUAAUUCUUUCUUGCAGACACUAUCUUACCAGGGACUCAUCCGAAGAGACUCGACCUUACAAGCCCUAGUCCACGUGCUAUUUUCACAUACAUGAACCCAUGAUGGUGCAUUUUUUAGUGCAUUAGAAUAUGAAGAUAAACAAUCCGAUCGCAGCAUUGUCCUGGUUCUCAUGAAUACCACACGAUCGUAG